AUGUCAGACAGUGCUAGUGAUGGCCAUAUCUCUGUCGAUGAGACUGCCAACGACUCGGCACUCGAUUCGGUAGCUGAAUCUGAAAUUUCUACCGAGUCGCUUGCAUCUUCAAUUUAUGAGUAUCGUUUUGAAAAUGGUCGGAGGUAUCACGCCUACAAGGAUGGAAAAUACUUGGCCCCCAACGAUGAGACUGAACAAGACCGUCUUGAUAUUGUCCACCAUAUAAAUCUUUUGAUGUUGGGUGGGAACCUACUAACCGCUCCUAUCCCCAAAGACCCACAAAUGAUAUUGGAUAUCGGUACUGGCACUGGUAUUUGGGCGAUUGAUGCUGGCGAGAAGUAUCCUUCUGCGAAGGUCAUCGGGACAGAUCUUAGUCCUAUUCAACCCAACUGGGUCCCACCAAACGUCGAGUUUCAAAUUGACGACGCCGAACAAGAGUGGACAUGGCCCAAAAACCACUUCGACCUGGUCCAUAUACGGAACCUCAAUGGUGCUAUCAAGGAUUGGAACUUCCUCUUGAAGGAGGCAUACAGAACUACCAAACCAGGUGGUUGGGUCGACAUUACAGAGUAUGACUUCCACCUCUACAGCGACGACGGCACUUUUCACAAGGACCUCAGCAUGUACAAGUACUAUGAUCUCGUCAAUAAGGCUGCCGACAAGUCCGGCCGCCCAUUCGGAAUCGCAUCUCACAUCGCGCCCAUACUUGAGGCGUGCGGUUUCGAAGAAAUCCGAGUAAAGAUGAUGAAGCUGCCACUAGGAACAUGGCCCGCAGACCAAAAGUUGAAAGAGAUUGGCGCAUUCUUCACGUUGGCUGCAGAGACUGGGUUUGAGGCGUUGGGGACGGCAUACUUGACAAGAGUGCUUGGAAUGGAGGUGGAAGAUGUCAACGAUCUGUUGAGGGAGAUUAUGAAGGAGAUAAAGAAUAGGAAGAUACACGCCUACGGAAGACAGUACUUCUACUCUGCACGAAAGCCUUUGAACUGUGACGAAUAA